AUGUUACAGAUAAUAAUUGAUCAAUAUAUUUUGAUCAAUAAAAAUUUGGAACAACAUAUUUCCCAAUUAGAUUGUCAAAUAAAGCAACAUGCAGAUUUUUUGAGGUAUAAAUAUGAAUAUAUUCGCUGCUUUCACAGUAUAGAGCAGCACAUAGAGAAAAUCAGACAUUAUAAGUUGAAAAAGUUACAAAGAGAUCAAAAACAAUAUCCCUCAAAUACUGCACGCCCUGCACCACCAAAAGCUCAAUUCCCAUUAGACUUGGGUCUGAGUGGGACAAAUAAUACAAUGGAGGAGAACAUGACUAAUGAGAUUUAUGAGGGAAAUAUUUCAUCAAAUGAGGAUGAAGAGCCGAGUACUAGUGCUGAUUUGCAAGAUAAUAAUGGAGAAGUAAGGAAAAGUGAAAGAAUUAAGGCCCGUAACAACAAUAAGAACAAUAAUAAUCAUAAUGACAAUUUUAGAGAAAACCAACAAAAUAGUGCUUCUUAUUCUAGACAGGGUUUUCCGAGACGGAAUCAGAAGAGGAACGGGAACUGGAGGAAGAACAACAAGAACAGGAGAUAG